GGUGUGGCAGGUGUUCUUGUUGGGCAUCCAUUUGACACAGUCAAGGUUCGUCUGCAGACACAGAGCAGUGUUGCCCCCAAGUACUCUGGUGCAUUUAAUUGCUGUAUCAAGAUAAUAAAACAGGAAACGGUGUUUGGUUUGUUCAAGGGCAUGGCUUCUCCGCUGGUAGGUCUCACGUUCAUAAACGCUCUAGUGUUCGGUGUACAGGGUAAUGUACAACGGCAGUUUGACCAAUCUUCUCUCUAUAGCCAUUUUAUUUCUGGAAGUCUUGCUGGAUUUGUGCAAUCCUUUAUAUGUGGGCCAAUGGAACUCGCCAAAAUAAAGGUACAGAUAGAUACACAAGGCAAGGAAAGGAAAGGAAAAUACCAUGGAUCUAUUGACGCCCUGCGGAAGAUCUACAGGAUGGAAGGGUUUCGAGGAUGCUACCGUGGUCUUAUGUUGACCAUUGCAAGAGACACACCUGGUUUAGGUAUCUACUUCAUGUCAUAUGAGUUCUUCUGUAGUGAAAUAGCCAAGAUGUAUGCCGAUGGUCAGAUCGGAAUCAUGGGACUUCUGACUGCUGGCGGUCUUAGUGGUAUGAGCUCUUGGGUUUGUACGUACAGCUUUGAUGUUUUUAAGACAAGGCUUCAAGCUGAAGGGUUGGAUGGGCAGAACAAGUACAGAGGUAGCAUCGAUGUCAUACAGAAGAGUAUCCGCAAUGAAGGAAUACGGGUCAUCAACAAGGGACUCGGUACACAGCUCCUGAGAGCAUUUCCUACCAAUGCUGCAAUAUUCACCUGCGCAACAUUAUCACUUGAACUAAUGGGACAGACAAGUAACAAUAGUAAUGGAAGACAGGGUUGAUGGUUGGUUCAGAAAAUAUUGUACAAGGGAGCUAUUUAUUAACAUUAUCUGUUUAACAUUUUUCCAUAAGUCUUAUUGUAUCAUUGAAUGUAUGUUAUUGUGUCACCUUGAUCACAGCAUUGUGUACUUGAAUUGCACAAAAAUAUAUCAAUAUCAUAAAUGAUCAAGAGCUUAUUGCAUUUUGCAAAUAUUAUGCAUGUACAUGUAGUAGCAUGAUCCAGACAGAUAAUUUGUUUUGAGAUAUUUCUCUGAAAGAAAUGCAUGGAUUUUGCAUGAUGAAAUUAUAUUUGCUUUCACUAGAAACUAAAUUGUUUGAAUUGGGCAUAGAAUAUAUUUGUGUAUAGAAAUUGUGUUAUUCCAAUACAUUCAUACUUAUACAGACAUCACUGAUACAUGUAGUUUAUUUUCUUUAUAGAGAUACAAUGGUAUUGGAGUAGAAAUUAUCUUAUUCGGUGACACUGGCUCUGUAAAAACAACACUAUUAAAGUAACUUUGUAUUAAAUCCUGUUGUACAUCCAAUCAUAUCAAGGACUCUAUGGGAUAUACUAUAAUGGCAUUGAACAGGGCUGAGGUAUGAUGCAUGUGGGAAAUGUUUCAAAAUUGUUUAUUCACCAAUACCAAAUCCUAAAAUAGGUAAAUUUUUCAAAGAAACUGUUCAAAGUAAUUGAAAGAGAAUCUUGUUUGUGGACGAUAUUCCUAAAAAAAAUUAUGAAACUUAUUACAUUAGAUAUUUGUUUAUUCAGUGUUUGGAGGGAAUUUGUGAUCCCAUAUUUUGAAUGUAUUAAAUCCCAGGGAAUUGGGAUUUGAAUCAUGCUUUUAAAAGAAUAUAGUAGAAAAUUGUGGAACAUCUUCAAUCAUGAAUACAAAUUAGAUUUUUUUUUAUAAAAAGGUGUGGCAUGAUGUAUUCUACCAUAUGAAUAAGAAAAUUAUCAUCUUGACCCUGAAGACAUUCGCUUUUCAUAUGGGCUAAUCUAUGUCAUAAAUGGCACCAUUCAUGAAUUUACAAGGUAUAAGUACUUUGAGAAUUAUAUUAAUCAUAAUAUAUUCUAAAUAGUAUACCACUACAUGUAUGUUUAAAAUGUGAUGCUGCAAGCUGAAACAAUCAUUCACCUCAGAGGGACUGGUCAUUUCUUUAGAUCUCACAGCUGCUGCAUUGUUUCAAGCACUGAUCUCUUGGUUGCCAGUUUUUGAAAGACCUUGGAUUUGCACCCCCCAAAAUUACUGUUUUUUAAAUAUUAUUGUUACUAUUAUUAUUUCUUUAACAGUGGAACAACUAAUACAUAAUGAUAAUUAUAAUAAUAGCCAAUACUAGCCAGUUGUAUGUAUUUACAUGUAUAUCCAAAUGCCGUGAUUGCUCACAACACUCAUACAUCAUAACUAAAAAUUAAAACAUCAGCAUAAGCAUCAAUGCAAUCAAUUCAGUAUCCACCUCAACAUUUCAUAAAUAAAGUUUGGAGGUUUUAUUUUGUUAUUCUCUUAGUUGUGAGGAUGCUAUAGCCUGGUGAAUCUUUUAUUCCAAAUACAACAUACCCUGCCACUUGAAUUAGGCCUCAUUGCCUCCAAUAAUAUCCCAUCUGGGGGCCAUUUCAUAAAGCUGAUUGUAGGUAAGCACCCUGGCUGCAAUCCAUCAAUAAACAGAAUGGGUUUGGAGGCACCUGUAGCUUGUAGAUUUUAGUUGAAACAUAUUAUAUUAAGCUAAAAUGUAUUUGUGAUGUUUGAAAUGUAUGCAGGUGAAAGGGAAUGUUUCAUCCAUACAUACAUCUUAUCAAUAUUUUGUAUCCCGUUUGGUCUACUAGCAGAUGGUAUCAUUCUCAGAUUCUUUAACAUCAUCAUGGCCGUACUGCCCACUUAGACCCCAUUCUCAUUACUAUCCUGAAACUGUUAACAUGUAAUGAGAACGGUCCAAGAGGUCUUGGAAGUGAUCUUCCAAACUGGUUUGGAAAACCACCUCACGGUGUAGUUUUCAAGAUCGCUUUGCCUCAUUUAACUGUUUUUAGCGUGAGGACACAACCGUUCUUCAGGAAGCGAUCUUCGCACAUUUUGAGCGCACUACUCGACACACUGUAUGUAGAAUAUGUACGCUACAGUUUCAAAUAGCUUGCAAAACUUUACACCCCAAGAGCGCUCCCCUAGGAACAAAACCCCUUUACAUUAAGUGGUUUUAGAAGUACUUUCGGCUGAUCAGAUGGGAACGCUAGCGAAGUGAUCUUACAACUGGUUUCUUGAACCGGUUUCCUGUAAACUAGUUUUAGAAAGUAUAAUGAGAAUGGGAUCUUGGUCAACUAGCAGAUGGUCUCAUUUUUGAACAACAUCAUGGCCAUACCUCCUCAUCACUUGGUCUGAUACUUACUUGGCAUAUCUGUCAUUUAGUAUAAUGCCCAGUCUUAAUACUUUUACACUCUUUGUCAUAUGACUAUUUGGUUUGUAAACAGCUCACCUAAUCAUAUAGGCUAUAUGGUGUUAGACCACAUGGAGAUUAGAUGAAAUGGUCAUAGCCUAAUUGCAAAUUGGACAAAAUAUUAAUGGGGCAUGUGGAAAGUAUGACAUAGUUAGUUGAUAGGAUAAAUCUAUGUGGGAUGAGACCAACCGAAAGUGGAUUUAGGGGCAGUUUUGAUAAUCAACAACUCAAGGGUGUUUUUUUUCACAAUUUGUUUUUUUGUUUAGACUUUAGAUCAUGAAGUUUGAAGUGAGCCUUGCUUUGUGAUUACCCAGUAAGAUACUAUAUUUUUAGAUGUAUUGUCACUAAUUGUGGACCAUCAUUGAGUUUAUUUUGUAUAUCAAAAGAGAAAAAAAUAUUACCCUGCAGAGUUUUAAUUUGAUUUAGUGAAAAAUGGAAAUGAAUACUUCAUUUUCCAUUUACAUUUUUACUGUGAAAUAAUGCACUAUAACAGUAAUAGGACUUCAAAAUAUCAAUGGGGACGGGUCUCCAGUUUGUCUAUUUUCCCCCAUGAUUUAUUUAGAUUUAGCGUCUACUUGACCGUGUACCAUCAGUGAACUGAGUAAUAAUGCAAAGUAUGUUUUACUUUAUGAUUCUUUCUGUGAAUUUGAACCCCCACCCUUCGUUUUUUAUAAUUAGUUAUAUUUCAAUGGAAGCAAGUUCUUUUAGAACUGGCUAAAACUUUGUAAAAGGUCAAUAAUGUCAAUUACCAUCUAACAUGCCAAGGAGUGUAUCUAGCCGUUGAAUCUGUUUACAACAGCAGAUUCUCUGUUAAAAUAAAAAUAUUCAUUUCUUAUUUCUAUCCCCUUAACCCUCCUGAAAUUUAGUGAUUGGAUACCAGUAAACUAAGACACAGAUAUAUCUUUUAAAAAAUUGUAAAUCGCAUUUUCAUUUCAUAAAUGAAAAUUAUAUACUAUAAUGAAUUGGAAUAUUAUCAUCUUACAUCAGAAUAUUUGUAUUAAGACUGAAUUUUUCAAACAAAUGAAAUUGUGGAUUGUCACUCUAAAAUAGCAUUGUUCUAUGUAUGAAUUAUUCUUGAUGAACAUUGUAUUCUUGGUUUAUGCAGGGAAUUGUUAGUUUCUAUCCAUGGUGUGUACAUUGGUGUUAUGCAGUGGUUUAUUUAUAUUAUGUAUGCUGCAUGCUGCCAAGAGAGUAGGGCCAUGUUUAUUCUUUUUACUUUAUUUUAUUUUCUGUUGAAGAGAUAAGUUUUUGUGUUAGCUUAUUACAAAAUAAUAGGAAAAUUAUUCAAUCAGUUUUUACAUCAAAUCAGUUCAGUAUUCUUUCUCUUGCUUUACAUAUUUGUCUGUUUUUUCCCCACUCUUCCUUUUCUGGGCUGCAGCAUGUCUAACAUUACAUGUAUAUGUUAUUUUAGUGAUAUCUACUUCAUAUAAAUUGUUUAUCAAUGUAUAAAUAUUUAUAUGUAUGCAGUAUUUCAUAUUUUUGAGGAUUUAGGAAAUGUAAAAUUUACAAACUUUUUUGAAUUUAUAGUGUUUCUGUAAAAUUUGGCUGCUUCUAUAAUGUUUAAUGAUCUCCAGCAUAGCAUGAACAACUGGGUACGACAUAUUGUUGAUUUGGUCAUCAGCUUCCUUUUUAUGAACAUCUCGAUGAAGAAUUAGCAAUCUUCAUUUUCCUCUUACAAGAUAUCUUUUUGACGACUGAUGAACCAAACACUUUCAGUUUAAUAUGAAGCCAAGCAAUUGAGGCAACAUCAUUAUUUUUUUCUUGUCAAAAUGAAUAGUCCAUACUACUGAGUAAUACCUUGUCUGUCAGAUGAGUGCUCCCGUCCAAAGUCAAUGGGUCCAUGGAUGAAAAUAUAGCCGGGCCGCAUACAUACAACGUCCUUAUUAUCGAGGACAAGCCCUAUCCAUUUGUUUUUGUCUCUGGUGUGAUGUUUCCUGAGGCUGGCACUGUACUUCUUCCAUGUUAACUUGAUACAUGUACAUGUAAUUGCAAACAUGUUUUACACCCCUCAUUACAGCAAAGGUUUUGUUUGAGUGUAUUGAAUUUAUGAUUAAAUUUGUUACUGUAAUUGAUGUCCCGAGUUGUUUUUAUUGGGUAUGUUAGUUCAUAUGCAUUGUGAAUGUUCAAAUUUGCACAAUAUGCUCAUUGGCUAUCUGACAGUAAAAAAUACUUUGUUAAUGAUACUGUUUAUCUUUGCACAAAAUUGUGAUUUUUUUUCCAGAAUAUGAAGAUUUCAUGAAUAUUGAACAUUCUGAUGCUGGUAGUCACAAACAUGAUGAAGUACUUUACUUUUUUCAUUAUUAUUACUGAGGAAGUGUCUGUUAAAAAUGAGAAAAAUCACAGAUAAUUCAUAGUUAUACCUGUAUUUAAGGCAAGAUAGAUUAUUUAGAUAUAGAUCUAGUACAAUUCUAAUUUGAUUUAGAAGCAAAGCAGAAUUUACCCUAUCUUUGUGAUUGGUAUUAGGCCUUUAGACUAACAGCAUUCAGGUAAAACAAACCAAAUCAGCAAGUAUUAAUCUCAUUGCUUUAAGGAUACAAAUUUAUAUAGAUGUCUAUUUUUUUCUCUUUUCAAUCAUCUAUAAACUUGGAUUAUUUUCAUGCUUAAAAUCAAAUGCAAAGAUUGUUGUAUUUAGUACUAAAUAUAUUCCAUGAAUUUUAAUGUUUUCUUAUUUUAUCUAGCUGGUAUUCCUUGUUCAUAAUAUGUGCCUUGAAACAAACUGAAUUACACUAUAUUAUGUUUUCCUGGUUCUUUCAGCUUAUACAGUAAAUAGCAGUUGUCUGAAUUUCUGGAAUAAUAGGGUUUUUAUUUUUACUAUACUCUGAUAUGCAAUUGAUAGUUACUACCAAAUGAUGUAUUUGUGGAAUGCUGAAAUAUGUUAUUAUUUGAAUAUAAGUUAUGGAACACCGUCAGUUCAGAAAUUACAAGUCACUGUUUCAAAAUCUAUGUAGCAUUACAAUGUAUGUCGCAUUUAAUUUCUGGAAAUGAGUAAUAUUUACUUUGUAUUUGAAGAACUCUACAUGUGGUGUCCAUGUCAUUUAUGUAAGAGCAAUUCAUGAUAUGAAUUCAGAAGAAUUGCUGGGUAUAUGAACCCACGUACACCUGUACAUCAGCUUCUUCAAAUUCUUUAAUUUGACUUGGCUUCAAAGCCUGUCUAAAGUUUUG